AUGGUGAUGAAGAAGAAGAGGAAGAAGAUGAAGAAGAAGAUGGUGGAAAAUAAGAAGAAGAGGAAGAAGAUGAAGAAGAAGAUGGUGGAAAAUAAGAAGAAGAGGAAGAAGAUGAAGAAGAAGAUGGUGGAAAAUAAGAAGAAGAGGAAGAAGAUGAAGAAGAAGAUGGUGGAAAAUAAGAAGAAGAGGAAGAAGAUGAAGAAGAAGAUGGUGGAAAAUAAGAAGAAGAGGAAGAAGAUGAAGAAGAAGAUGGUGGAAAAUAAGAAGAAGAGGAAGAAGAUGAAAGAGAGGAUGGUGGAAAAGAAAAAGAUGACGAUGAUGAUAGAGAAGAUGUUGAGAAAAUUGACGACGACGGUAACAAGAGAGGUAAGUUUGAUGACGAUGAAGAUGAUGAUGUCAUUGAUGACGUCACAUUCGGUAGCGUCGAUGUUGACGAUGAAUUUCGAAGAAGGUAAGUCAGAGGAUGAGAAGAAGAAAAAGAAGAAGAAAGGAAAGGAGAAGAAGAUGACGACGAGAAUGCCAAUGAAGUAUAAGAUGACGUCAUCACACUGCAUCCACAUAAAGGAUUCUCAUUGCAUUUGA